UUGUGUGAUGUUUGAGUGUGCGGUGGACUUACUUGACUGCCUCGCGAGGAAGGAAGGAAGGAAGGAAAGAAAGAAGAUCUUUCUCCCAUCAACACACAUCAUGGCCAUGGAGUGCAUCAAAAACUGCUGCCAUUCCCUCCUGACGAGGCAUCGGAAGGACGACGAGGCCGCUCCUCCAGGCCUCACCGUCAAACCCGGGGCCCCCGAAGACUACCUCCUGUCUAAGCUGCCCCCUGACGGCAAGGAGGUCCCCUUUGUCCUCCCCACCCUCAAAGCCUCCUAUGUGCAACCCGGAGUUUCCUCCCACCUCUGGCGUGGGAUGCCAGGUCCAGUGAGCUGCGCGUACGCUCACAGGAAGGCCGAGUUGCUGGACGCCGCCGCCGCGUCGUCAGCCUACACCUCCGAGUCCAACCUACUGGGCGGGGACAGCGGGAGGAGGAGCAGCAGGACACGCCCCCCAGAUGAUCCCGGACGCUUGACCAUGUCCAUGUUUGAGCUGAGCAGCCACGACAGUCACUACCUACAGGGCUUUGAGUCGAUGUCCAGCGUGGCCAGCACGCCGUCCUCCUCCGUCAUGGACUCCUUUCAGCGCGGCGCAGAGUGCGUCCCCCAUCGGGGGUGGCUGUGUGUGCGUCUGAGCUACCGGCAGCAAAUGGAGCAGGUGUGGAUCACCUUGGUGCAGUGUUCCGAAGUCAAGCUUCCCAAGGACGGCCUUGUGAGGCCACAGAUCCGAAUCCACGGAACCAUCAGCAUUCCCAAAGCCGUGCACUUCAAGAGCUCCGUCAAGGAGUAUAGCCAGCACACCUCCUUCAUGGAGACCUUCGUGUUCGCUCUGAGCCUCCAGGCCUUGCGACGGAGCGCCCUGAUCCUCCGGCUGCGGACGCACGGCCCCAGAAAAGCCACGCUGGCCGAGGGCAUCCUCUCGCUGCGGCAGCUGGGCCCCGAGGAGACGGAACACUGGCUGCCCCUCGCCGCUCCAUCCUCGGCGAGCGGCUGUGAGCUCCACGUGGUCAUCUGCUUCCAGCCCGCCUGCAGACGCGUUCAAGUCCAAGGCCUCUCCGCCCGACACCUGCCGCCGUGCUCGGCGCCCCUCCCUCCAGCCUACAUGGUCACGCUGGAGCUUCACCGGGUGGACCAUCAGGGGACCAAGACCAAGACGGCAGCCCUCAAGGCCGUCGGGGGGCAGUGUCAGUGGGCGGAGACUUUCCACUUCCCUGUGGCCGCCUUAGACCCCGCCUGCUGGCUGUCAAUCAAUCUCUACAGCUACAACUCGGUCAAGAGGAAGCGAUGUCUGGGACAGGUCCAGCUUGGACUACAGAGUGCGAGUCCUGACGCCGUGUCUCAGUGGAAGGACGCCAUGGCUCACCCCGAGAAGGUGGUUUCGGCGUGGCACCGUGUCACCUGACGGGACCUGGCGGGACCUGACAUUUGGGUGGCUUGGAUUGAAGGAUUGCUUUUUUUUUUUAAGUGAACAAACAUUUCAACGACACGGCAAGAGUGCUGUUGUUUAUUCAAUUCCAAGAAGACACUUUGUAGCACUUUUAUUUUUGAUAGCGUCCUAGCAAUAAAAGUAGGCGGGGUUAGCUUUGUCCUGACGGGAAGCGUUAGUCACGCGGCCAUAAAGGGACCGGCUGGGGAAAUAGGUCAGCACGUGGGAACACGGCUCUGUGGCGAAAGAGGUCAUUGAUUGAGAAAGUGCAGAACCGCCCCCCCCCUUACUGACCCCCCCACCCCCCUGUGGAGAACAUCUUGUGUUGGAUUCAGUAAAAGCCACAAUUUCACUGCCAAUUUCAGCCUCAUUUCAACCCCCAAAGCCCCUAAAUCGUUUUUGGGAAAUGGCCAACAAUCAUUUCCAAGAUGGGGGGGUCAAGCGGCGGUGGGACGACGACAUCACGUUUUUUUUACCUCCAUCAGCAGAGAUAUAGAGGAGCUGUCAAUGAGUUGACUAUUUUUUUUGCUCAUUUAAUCCUUAGUCGGGCGACACGGCGGUCUAGUGGUUAACGCGCAGACCUCGCAGCUAGGAGACCAGGGUUCAAUUCCACCCUCGGCCAUCUCUGUGUGGAGUUUGCAUGUUCUCCCCGUGCAUGCGUGGGUUUUCUCCGGGUACUCCGGUUUCCUCCCACAUUCCAAAAACAUGCUAGGUUAAUUAGCCACUCCAAAUUGUCCAUAGGUAUGAAUGGAAUGUGAGUGUGAAUGGUUGUUUGUCUAUAUGUGCCCUGUGAUUGGCUGGCCACCAGUCCAGGGUGUACCCCGCCUCUCGCCCGAAGACAGCUGGGAUAGGCUCCAGCACCCCCGCGACCCUCGUGAGGAAAAAGCGGUAGAAUUUGAAUGAAUGAAUGAAUAAUCCUUCGGUGUCGGCCAUUUUGGAUCAUUUUGACUGAUCUUUCACGACACACGGAAUAUUGUUUUCCAUGGAUAUAUAAACACCUAGAUUAGACUCCCAUCUUUUAUCAACAAAAAUACUUUGUUUAUACCUUUUUUUUUUGUUCUUUAGUAGGUACGUUUCAGGAAAAUAUCAGUUCCCAACUAAAACCUGCUGCUUCACUUUUCACUUUGUCAUAAAUAUUUGUUGCUUUUUGUGACCGCUCCAGUAUCUAAACCAAAAAAAGUCAUCAGAAGAGAAGCAGGGAACACGAAUGAAGUGUCAAUAAUGCGUGUAGCGCCCCCUAUGGGUUGUGAUGAAAAUGUUUGUAUAUUAUUUUACAAGAAUAACAUUGUCAUAUUAUAAGGAGAAAACAAAACCCUAUUUUGGCAGCAUUAAGUGGAAAUAUUAAAGAAAAAAUAUGAUAUUUAUUGAAAUGGGUUCAUGAGGACAACAUUAAACAAAUAUAAAAUGUAAUUUUUUAAAGAAAAAAGUUCUAAUGUUCUGGAAAUUAUGACGUCAAUAUUACAAGAAGCACACUUACAAAGAUUAUUUAAGAAUAAAGUCGAAAUAUCCGACGCAAUAUCGCUCCCUCGCUAUAUCACGAUCGUCCCCAAAUGACUUCUUAAUUAAUGAUGACUAAUAAUAGACUAAUAAUAGACUAUGGUCUAUUAUUAUGGUCUAUUAUUAGUCAACACUAGGAAAUACCAGUCAUACACAAUGUCGUAUUCUGGUCGCUAGGUGGCAGCAGUGAGUAACAGUUGAGAAUGGCUGUUCUGUUUGACAAAUUCAUUUCUAACUGUGAUUCAAAAGCCCGCAAAAUUCAAGAUCCAGGUCCGUUAAAACAAAAGUAUGCUAAUCACACACACACACCGACAUUUAUCUUAGCGACGAGUCACUCCAUCAUUCUUGUUUACUUUGCUGCUAUGAAUGGUUUUGCAAUCCGCCCUCGCUAAUGACGUUUUUUUUUUUUAGAUUGGAAAUUCCAGACACACCUCGACCUUAAUUAGGCUCUUCUCAAGUAAAGGUGACGGCAUACGGCAGGAAUUUUGUUUCUUUUCUGACAUGACGUCAUAAAGUCCCGUUUGGAGGAAGAUUUUCCAGCAUGGAAAAUAUCUGAAUGAUUUUCAAUCAUUAGACGGUGUUUAGUUACGUUAAAAGAAAAACGUUAAGCACUAGGACCAUGGUGGAAACGGCCGCUCAAGUUUGCGGAAGCUUGUUUCCUUUGAGCCCGCCUACAAGCUCAUUGAUUGGCUCUUCGGGUUUUUCUUUUUUUUUUAUUGGCUGUCACUUCCCGGGUCCCUUUAUAUGUACCUGUGUUUGGCUAGUUUGGCUAGUUGGCUAGCAGUCCGUGUUCAUUUGCAGUCUAAGUUGCUAAAAUGUUUGUUUGAGCGUUUGUCGCGUUACUUAUUAUUAUAUUUUGUAUGUAGAUAUUUCAUUUAUAAUAACAUUUCUGUGCCUGUGUGUGUGUUUA